AUGGCGUCUAUAUUGAGAGCUCUAACAAAUAACAUUCGACGAGCACGACCGUCUUCUAGAGAAUGCUCUAGCAUUGCGCAGAUUCUCCCCACGGGAACCCCGAUUGAGGAAGAGACCUUACCACAUUACAAGCCGGCGCAUUAUUAUCCAGUGACAAUUGGCGAUGUGUAUCACACCAGAUACGAAGUUGCGGGAAAGCUGGGGUAUGGGGCAUAUUCAACAAGUUGGCUAUGCCGGGAUCUCCAAGUCAAUAACUAUACAGUAUUAAAGGUGUCUACCUGUUUACCGGAUUAUCCUACUGCAACAGAUCACGAAUUGAGAGUCUAUGAACACCUGGCAAAACUUGAUUCUUUGCAUCCGGGUCAGUCAUUGAUCCGCGAACUAUAUGAUGCAUUUGACCUCCAGGGUCCUGGUGGCACGCAUCGGUGCCUUGUCUUGCAGCCGAUGAAUAUGACGCUCCUCGAAAUGAUGAGAAUGAAUCCCAGGCCAUUUGAUCUACCUCUGCUCAAAAUGACUGUCAGGCGACUUCUCUUAGCGCUUGAUUUCUUGCACGCUGAGGCCGAGGUUAUCCAUACUGAUCUAAAGACCGACAAUCUGAUGCUCAGCCUAGAGGAUAACUCCAUGCUGGCAGAUUUUGCAACGGCGGAAUCCAAAACUCCAAGCCCCCGGAAGUUGAUCAGCCAGUCACGUAUUAUUUAUAGCAGUCGGAAAUUUCGCAGGCCAACUAGAGGCAGAAACUAUGGUCUCCCAGUCCUAUGUGACUUUGGCGAGGCAAGGAUUGGUAAAACACAGGAGUCAGGACCUUUCAUCCAACCACAUAUCUACAGAGCGCCAGAGGUUAUUUUUGAAAUGCCUUGGGGAAGUGCUAUUGAUAUCUGGAACCUUGCAGGCCUGAUUUGGGACAUGUUCGAAGGGCAGCAUCUGUUUGGAGAUAUAUUUCAUUCCAGAGGAGGCCAUGACCCGUUUAAGCACCUGGCCCUCAUGGUAGCCUUGAUUGGACCACCGCCGGCCGAAUUCGUGCAGCGUAGUGAGACAACAGAGCAGUGCUUUGACUCGAGUGGCGGGUGGAUUGCUCACCAUGAAGCGCCUAUACCCUCUGUUUCACUUGAGGCCCUGGAAAAGCGGCUUAGUGGCGAGGAGAAAGAGUUCUUUUUGGCAUUCAUUAUGUCGAUGUUGAAGUGGAUGCCAGAGGAACGCAAGACAGCCAAACAGCUGCUUGAACAUCCGUUCUUGCUCUAGCCGCCAGCUAUAUAUAUAGUUAUAUAUAUAUAUUUUGUAACGACCUCUGCUUUCGAACCAAUUCUACUUACGCCGUGAAUAGGUGCCAGAGGGCUAAAAACCCUACAACUCCACGAUUUCUUUAAUAUAUAUUAUUGCGUUGCUAACUAUUUCAUUGUUAUAAGAAGUAGUUUAUGAAAUGAUUUAAUAAUCAGUCAACUAGUUAUAAAGUCCUAGGUAUGGAGUAGUUACUGUGAGUAACCUGCACAGACCAUUUCUCUCUCUCUCUCUAUCGAUAAAGGAAAUUAUCAAAUCUUCAUUU